GCUAGUGGAGCUCAUCGCUGCGCCAAGGCUACAUCCAAGCUCCAGGCACGACAGCUACGCAACCUCGCCCUCGCCGCCGACCGCCUAGACAACCCGAAUAGACGCGCGACAUCAAACACUCACCACGAUACACGCCGUCUCCGUAGCAAGCACCCCACGACUUCACCGACACCUCACAUCUACACCAUGGGCGGCUUCGACUUCUCCAACUACAACCGCAAUGCGGCUCUCCACGCCCAGGGCAUCCCGCUACCCAAGGCGACAAGCACAGGAACAACCAUCGUAGGAUGUCUCUUCAACGGCGGCGUAGUCAUUGCGGCCGACACACGAGCUACCAGCGGUCCCAUUGUAGCAGACAAGAACUGCGAGAAACUCCACUACAUCUCCCCUCACAUUUGGUGUGCGGGUGCCGGUACCGCCGCCGACACCGAGUUCACCACCGCCAUCAUCUCCUCGAACCUCGAACUGCACGCCCUCUCCACCGGCCGCAAGCCCCGCGUCGUUACCUGCAUGACCAUGUUGAAGCAGCACCUGUUCCGCCACCAAGGUCACAUUGGCGCUUACCUCGUCAUUGCCGGUGUUGACCCCACUGGCGCACAUCUCUUCACCGUCCACGCCCACGGUUCCACCGACAAGCUGCCGUACGUCACCAUGGGUUCAGGUUCAUUGGCAGCCAUGUCCGUCUUCGAGACACAGUGGAAGUCCGAUCUGUCACGGGAGGAUGCCGUCACACUAUGCGCAAACGCUAUCGAGGCAGGUAUCUGGAACGAUUUGGGUUCCGGUAGCAACGUGGACGUGGCGGUCAUCACAGAGGACAAGACCACACUGAUGAGGAACUACAAGACACCAAACACCAGGCAGCCCAAGCAGAGGAACUACAGGUUCCAGCGGGGAACUACUGCAGUGCUGAACGAGAAGAUCAUCACAAAGGAGGAGAUCAGCAAGUACGUAACCGUACACGAGCUCAAGGAUGGUGAUGUGGCCGGCACAGCGGAGACAAUGGAUAUAGAUUCGUAGGGGUUUGCGUUUGGCUCCGGGGCGAUGCAAGACAUGGCGUUACGAACAUGAACGUGUACUAUACACCGAAACGCGGUUCCAGACGAACCAGCCGAAUAGCUACAAGGCAAUAUGAUGACGAUCAAUGAACCACUUCACC